CCAGCACCGGAGUAGUAGUUCUGGCAAUCGCCGCUUGGCUAUGGUGGCUAUGGGAUUUGGCGCUAGCUCGCACUAUUCGUUACCACGUGACUUGUCGAAACCGCGGCCGUUUGAUUGGUUGGAGCAUGAGGCAACCGAGGCAAGGACAGCGAUAGCGAUGUUAUGUGGUUAUGUCGUUAUGUUAUGCUAGGUCUGAACUACUACGGCACUGAACAACUGAACGCCGCAAACGGCGGGAAUGUCGGACAACUUGUCACGUCCACACCACGACCUACUAGACAGAAUGUCGUCGUGACUCGUGAGCGGAAAACAACGCGGGAAACAGGAGCGGACAUGUGACAGUUUCAAACGUCAUUUUUGUUAGCGAGAUAUCUCAUCACAACGAAAUGAGAUGCAGUCUUUUGCACUUACGGCCCACUUGGUUCUUCUUUCCUUAGGAACGACCGUGUCACGUUAAAGGGGUAUUGCGUGACAUUUCCAGUGUACAUGAGCAAAAGGUGUACCUGUUACUCCUAGCAAGGGGACACUACGUAGUUCCAGUCCAGUUUCAGAUGCCAGAUUAUGUCUACCACUUGGCAGAGUCCCUGACUCCUGGAAGAAUAUACAUAAUAUUUUAUGUCUCACCAAUAGUGCUCAAGUUGAGCACCACGAGGGAACUCAUACUGUUCCAAAGUACCGAGAAUACAAAAUUACAGAAGGUCUCAUCUUACCAAGACAUUGAGGAUCUGCUGGAUGUUGAGAAAGUCAGUUAUAGACUAUUGUCUUACUCUGGAGGAGAUAGGCUUUCAUAUUACCAGGGAGUGAUAACGAGCAUCAUCAACGAUGAAUGUGGUUUCUACCUUGUGAAUGGCAAAAACUUAACGCUGGUGACGGCACCGUUGGCCUGUUGGGGUCAUGUGCCACGUCUCGUGGUUGGAGAUCACAUUCAAGUAGUCAACUGUCAUUUUGUGGAACAUCCUCGAGGAACCACCAAGAUUGUCAUGUGCGGUGCAUCGCAUCUUAGGUUAACCAACAGAUGUGAAACAAGAAGCCACGAAACACAUGUCUUUCGAUGGAUGAAAAGCCUUAACUGUGCCAGUUUCCACUUUGUUGAUUGGUUGCAAUCAACUUUAUUAUGCCUCACGGAGCGCUUCGUCCCUGUGUAUGUGAAGCACAAAGACAUAGUCUCAUAUGACAAAGACAAAUGCGGGAAGAGAAGACGUAGCCUCCUGUUCACCUUACUCCGGUGGAACGCACCGUGGUUACGAUCUCGUCCAACGCGCAUACCUGUCUUUGAGUUCUUUAGCCAGCCACAUGAGUGUGCAGCUGUUGAAGCACAAGACCAACGGCUGCUGCAUUUGGAGUGGCCUAGCCUGAGAACUGUCUGCACAGUUGUCAAGUACAGGGGAAUUCCUUUUGCUGUUGCUCCCACAUGGCGCGUAGCAGUGAUUCCAGUGGCAGACUUACCCUGGCAGGUUAUAGGGUGCCUAGGAAUGUCAAAAGAAGGAACGCUGCACUUGUGCGACGAGACAUUUGAAAUCAAGAUCCGUUCAUCCAUUCCUGCGUGUUCUUUGCCCCUGGGACACAUUGUUGUCAUCCCUAAAGGAGGACGCUUCAUUCUGGAAGGGAUAUCCGCCAUGAAGGAUAUUGAGAAACGCCACACGCUUUUUUACCUCGAGUGUGACCGCUUUAUUCCUGCGCUCCGGGCGCACACUUUCCCGUGUCCUCAUGGAUUACAACCGCCACAGAAGGCAGGGCAAGGUUGGCAGACCUUUCGGGUGAAAGAUGUUACCCUGCCACGGACAGUGGAGGGCAGGCAUUAUUUCGACGUAAUGUGCAUCUUCCAGCAACAACAGCGGGUCCUCACUUUCACCAGCUUGUACUGGCUGCCGUUCUUGGAAGGAGGAGGAAUUUUUCAGAUACAGUUGCCUCGUCAUGACAGGAUGCUACUGUCUCAAACAUCAAUGCCGGCGGACGUUGCAGUCCGCUUUCUUCCAGACAAGGAAGCCUCCAGAGUGGCCUUCGAUAUGAGGAUCACAUCUUCAACCGAGCGCGCAACAAGCGUGCAUGGAGUGCUGAUAGACAAGUUCUACCAGGAAGCUCGCACUGCACGAGCGGGUUCUCACCGAGGCCCUGACAGAUGGAGCCCUUGUCUGAAGGUGAUCAACUUGGAAACAGGAACUCUGCUAAGCAUAUACCUCAACACUAUGACAGCCAGUGUUCCACUGUUGGGCCUCCUGCCUGGAACGUUGUUUCGUCUGGAGUCAGUUCGUCUCUCCCAGGCAGCAUCCACGGUCCACUACGCAUCUUCCACAAACCACACCGUCUUACACAUCUCUUCCCAUGGAGAUGCUUUGCAGACUUAUGAGACAAGCAAUCUGGAUUUGUGGCCUGCUGCGCUCCACCCAUGCAACGGGCUAGGCUAUGCCCUACCGCUCCGAUAUAUUCAGUGUGUUUUAACCAAGAUUCUCUCCCUGCGAAUGUGGCCGGAUUGCCGGACCUGCGGUGUGCCCGUACAGCAGGAUGGUCAACAAUGCACGCAUAAGCUUAUGCCUACUCUUUUUCUCAGGUUUGAAGCCAUCUGUGAUGCGGAGGUCAUCACAGCCAUCUGCUGGGACAUCCAAGCCAAGCAGGUCUUGCAAUUCAAUGAUAAACUGUGGCAGAUGAUGGUGGACUAUGUGCUCGACUACAAACAGUGCAUUGAAUACUCUUCUCGUGGCGUCCGUGAUCCAGUUGACCAAAGUGGCAGACAAGUGGUAUACAUAGGAUGGACACCAAUUGAAGAGAGAAUUGCCAGGUGCUGCAAACACCGAUCUUUAUCAUCAUCUCACUUGACACUCACAGUGAGAGAGAUGAGAUUUGCACAAGUGCUCCCACGGAAGGACUGCGUUCAACGUCAAGAUAUUCCAGAGAGGAGAGACAAAAAGAAAAGGUUUCACGUGGUAUGUGUUCGAGACACUUUAGGUGCACUUUACCACUUGCACCAAGCUGCUGUAAAGGAGGCUUCAAAUGUACAUUUCUAAUAAAUUCAAUAAAGAUAUUUGUGGUUGCAA